AUGAGAUGCGAAAAAGUUCGACGAGUUCGAUGGGCCGACGAGGAGCCAGAAGAAGCGGCGACGACGGCUUCGGGCCAGACGAAAAAGUCGAAAGACGCCCUGAGGUCCUGCUUCGGAAAGUCCCGAGCGGAAAGGAACGUCAGCCCCAGUGAUUACGGUAGGUUCAUGGCUUCUUGAUGGGCUCGAAAUUUGGUUGACUUUGAGUGGUCUUUCUAGGGUUUUCAGCUUUUAGAUGUCCAUAAAAAGACUCGAAGGUAGUGAGAAAGAAAAAAAUCCCAAGUUUAACAAAAAUCCUAGCAGUCACUAUAGGGGUUUGAGCUCUAAGUGGUCACACUAGAGGCUCAGGAUAAGAGGUCAUUUUAGGGAUCCAGGUGGAAAAAGUGAUUUUUUUUCUUUUUUGUUUUAGUUUCUGAACUACAUUCUUCUCUAUUUUCAAUCCACUACUAUUUUUUGUUUGAAAAAUGAUAUAGGGCUCUCUAAAUUCUCUCUUUUUGUACACUAUUUCGCUGAAUCAAGACCUUUUUUCUUAAAAAUCACGACUUUUUUUUUUGAUUUUUUUUAGAUCCAGUUUUGAUAUAAGAAUUUCUAACUUAAAAAUUAGGUAAAAAAAAACCGAGCUUUACUGGGAAAUUAAAAUACCGUUUUUUCAUCAUUUCCUUUUUUCAGAACCUCGAGAGCCGAAAAAAGUGACGGUUGUGCAACCGGUGUUCGACGCGACUCUCGAGACGGUCCUCGAGGAGGAAGACGCCGAAGACAGCGGCCUGGAAACCGACGGCUGA